GUUUCGGUAUUGAGUGGCGAAUGUUGAUUCCAGUAGAUUUGAAGUGACAAUGAAAAAUGAAGACAUUUUUGCGGCGAAUAAGCGAUUGUUUAAGUGCAUUGAAGACACUAUUAUGUUGUUGUUGUGGCAACAAAGUCUCAUCCUUUUCGGAGACGCGGCAGAUAGCAGUGGGCUCCGAACAUCACGACCGGAAGAAGCACAACAAGAUUAAGACUUCCAAGUACACGUUACUCAUGUUCCUGCCGAAAAAUCUUGCCGAACAGUUCAGGAGAAUCGUUAACUUCUAUUUUCUUAUUGUUACUAUAAUCUCCGUUGUUAUAGAUAGUCCAGUAUCCCCAAUAACCAGUAUAGCGCCACUCAGCUUCGUAGUAUUGGUGUCGGCUGUGAAGCAAGGAUACGAGGACUGGCUCCGGCACAAGUCUGACAAUAGAGUCAACAAUCAGAUCGUGGAAAUACUUCACAAAAACGUGAUCAAAGAAGUCCGGAACUCCGCAAUCGCUCCCGGUACAUUAGUUCGAGUGAAGCGAGGCAAAGAAGUUCCUGCAGAUCUGGUGUUACUCUGCUCGGCUGGGGAGAAGGGGAAGUGCUAUGUUACGACGGCUAAUCUUGACGGGGAAACGAAUUUGAAGACUUUGAGAAUACCGCCGCCUUUGGUCGGAUUCACGCCAGACAUAUUACCCCAGAACAUGAAAAUCGAAGUGCCCAAUCCAGUUGCCGACCUAUACACUUUCUAUGGUCGGAUAGAGAUUCCUGGUUAUGACAGCUUACCGUUGACAAUUGACAACCUGAUGCUGAGAGGCUCCAGGGUUAAGAACACAGAAUGGGCAAUCGGUUGCGCUGUUUACACUGGCGAGGAAACAAAACUAGCUUUGAACUCAAAAUACACGGGCAACAAAUUCAGCUCGUGCGAGCGGGCAGUGAACGGGUUUCUCGGAUUAUUCGUAUUACUGCUUGUCCUCGAAAUGGUGGGCUCGCUCUUAGCCAAGAUCAUGUUGGAGAGUCGGCGCAGUGGCCAUGAAGUAUAUCUCGGACCAUUUACAUCGCCGCGUGGACGAGUGCUGGCACUUACAUCAGAUCUGUUCUCCUUCAUGCUUCUCUAUUACUACAUCAUUCCGUUUUCGAUGUACGUCACUAUUGAACUCUAUAAGUUUAUUGGUGCUCUAUUCAUUGGUUGGGACAAUGAUUUCCGUUGCGAGGAAACCGGUCGGCCAGCCGUCGCCAAUACAUCAGAUCUAAAUGAAGAAUUAGGUCAAGUGGAAGUCUUAUUCUCAGAUAAGACUGGCACACUUACUAAGAACCUAAUGGUGUUCAAAACUUGCUCCAUUUUGGGACAAGUCUAUGAAGAAAAAGAAGGAAAUCUAUACCGUAUGGGUAUGUUUGAUGAUUCCGUUGAUACUGGUCAGAUAGACAUCAAAUUCUUUUUCACAAUUCUUGCUCUCUGCCAUUCGGUGCAGAUUUCGAAUGAGGACAAAAGGAGAUUAACUGCUCAGCUCUCAGCAAACAACUUUCAACUAACCAGCUUUUUAAAACGAUUAAAGACUAACAUAAUUAAGAACGGAGUCACAACAAACAAUAACAGAGAGAAUGCGGUCCAAAACAACGUUACUAAUGGUAAUAUUAGUCAUCUAGAUUACCAGGCAAGCAGCCCUGAUGAGAAAGCUCUAGUAGAAGCGGCGGCUAGGGCCGGUGUUACGUUCUUGGGGGAGGAUGGUAACAAUUUGCUUGUCAAAAUCGGGGAAAACACAGAAAUGUAUGAGCGUUUGCAAGUGAUUGAAUUCACGUCGGAUAGAAAACGCAUGUCCGUUAUUAUUAGAGACAAAGACGGAAAGAUCUAUCUAUUCUGCAAAGGGGCAGAAAGCUCAGUAUUCCCUCUUUGCAAGAACAGAGCAAUGGAAGAAGAAGUAGACAGGGACAUUAACAUGUUCGCGAGUCGGGGUUUAAGGACACUCGCUGUUGCCUACAGAGAAGUGCCCGAAGAAGAGUACUUGAAUAUCAGUGACUCAAUAAGGUAUCUGGACGGCCACAGUGCAUCGGAUUUAGCUAAAGUGACGCAACAGUACCACGUAUUGGAGCGAGAGCUGACUCUGGUCGGCGGGACAGGGGUCGAAGACUGCCUGCAGGACGACGUCGCCGACACGCUCUCUUCGCUGCGCCGCGCUGGCAUCAAAACUUGGGUCCUGACUGGGGACAAAGUAGAAACAGCAAUAAAUGUAGCAAAAUCGUGUGCCCACAUAACAGACAACGACCGCUCUAUGUCCAUUAUAGGAGUAUCGGAUGAGAGCGCAAUAGAACCCCAUCUGGCUGAAUGUAAGCGCAUCACAGAACAACCAAGUUAUCGGGACUUAACGUUGAUUGUAGAUGGGGCUAGUAUGAGUUAUAUACUGGAUACGCCAUAUGCAACAAUGUUUUCUGAUAUUGCGUUAAACUGCAAUGCUGUUUUAUGUUGUAGGCUAUCUCCACUGCAAAAAGCUAAUAUAGUAAAACUAAUAAAGCAGAGCAAGCACAAGCCGAUCACGGCGGCGAUCGGCGAUGGUGCUAAUGACAUCUCUAUGAUCCAAGAAGCGCAUGUCGGUUUCGGUAUUUUCGGCAAAGAGGGGCAUCAGGCUGCUAGAUCUGCGGAUUUCGCGUUCACGAAAUUCUCUAUGCUAAAAAAAAUGUUACUAGUAAUGGGCCACUGGUAUUACCAGAGGCUAGCAACGCUUAUACAUUACUUUUUCUACAAGAAUCUAGUCUUGGUUAAUAUUAUGUUAUUCUUCCAAUACCACGCAAUGUUCUCGACACAAUCGAUCUAUGACUCCAUGUAUCUCACUUUGUUCAACCUCGUCUUCAAUAGUUUGCCGAUAAUCAUUCUCGCGGUCACUGAUCAACGCUGGCCAGCGAAUUUGCUUCUUAAGAACCCAACCCUGUAUCGUGAAAUAAGUCGGAACAAACUGAUGACGUGGCGUCCUUUCAUGGCGUGGUUGGGCGCUGCUGUGUACCAUUCGGUCCUCAUCUAUGUAUUCACCGUGCUGCUAUUUCGACUUUCUGUUAUCAAUUCUUCUGGACAAUCUUAUGAUCUGUGGUAAGUUUUUUAUGUUUCUGGUUGAAGUGUUCUUUUAUCUCCAAAGUGCAAAGAGAAGCAGUUUUUAUUAAAUAUAUCUUAUCGUCAAAUGGGGUAAGAGGAA